GGCCAAAGAGGAGGGACUCUUUGUAGUGACGCGAAGCAGGCGACGGGGAGGAGGAGAAGGAGGAGGCGGUGCGCGGGUUGUGCAAACAAGCUGACGGCGCUUCAAAGAAGCCAGCGAAGUCAAGCAGGAAGAGGGCGAAGUGGCUGGAGAAUGAGAUGUGGAGUGGUCUUUUACCUCCUGGUGUGAAUGAAAGUGACAUUGACACAAGUUCUGAUGAUGAAAAAAUAUUGGAUGGUCCGGUGCCUACCUUAAAGGAGGAAAAAGAACGAACGGAUUGCAAAAGCAUCCAGGCUUCUAAUAUGCGGAAGACACAGGAAUUUGAAAACAUUGCUGAAAGCAAACCUGCUUCUGCAGCAGUGGUGGAUGAAGUACAAGAAUUCCAAGCAUGCCCUUCUGGAGUUUCUUUAGAUAUGUGGAAUAAAUUUCAGAAUCUGCAGAAGAAAAACUUUGAAAUGAAAAUCCAAGUAAAUCAGAGAGAGAGGGGGAAAAAGAGAAAACGUUCCAGAAAAGCUAAACUGAAAAAGAACAAUGAAGAAGUAACUGAGAGCCAACCAUCUACAAAGGAAAGCCAGUUGAAAGAGCUUACUCAAUUUUUUGGAAUCAAUGAUAGGUUUAAACCAAUUGCAAGCAAGGAAACUUCUCGAAAGUCUGGCCUUGAACUCAGCAUAGACAAAUCUUUGGCUGAAGGAGAUGUUGCACAAGCUGAGGAACUAAGUGAUCAAUUAGCUACUCGAGAGCUUGGUGUGAAAGUUGCCAAAGCUGUUGCUUGUCGAAAUUUUGUGAAAGCAAAACAAGAUGCAGAAGCUUCUCAAGAGGCCCAAAAGAAAAAGAAGCUUGCAUGGGGAUUUGAAGCCAAGAAAAGAUGGGAAACAAAAAGCAACAUGGGAUACAUGUAGUUAAUUGGCUCUGGAAGACAAAAAGGCAUUGUAAAACUUAGGGAAAGAGUUGUUAAUAUUGUGGAUACAUAAAUUAUAUUUUCAUUGUUUUUGGUUUGCAUUAUUUUUGCAGCUGGAGGAAUCGCUGUAGGGUAAUUUAGGUUUCAAUUCCAUAUAUCUGGCAUAUCUCAAAAUAAUUCUAUCCUUAGCCCUGGAAAUAUUUCCAGUUGAUUCCCUUUCACCCAUCCUAAAUUGAAUGGCUCUUGUUUGUUGUGGAACUAUUGAAAAUAUAAUUUUGAAAAAUAACUUUGUGCAAAUGUGUUCAAUUAUUUAUUAGCUGCAGAAGCAAUCUUUAUUUAAAGCAAACGUUUACCUGUGUCUUUAAAUAAUAAGAACAGGUAAAGGUAAUAUUUCCUCAAAAACAAAAAUAUAGCAAGUAAAUUAGCAACAAGUUUUCUCCUGAAGCUCCUGCAAAUGUCUGUCACCAGUGUGUAUUAGUUAAACUGGUAAAUUUCUCUUAUUAAGCAAGAUGAAAUACUUCAUGCACAAGGAUUUAUACUAGCGUAAUGGUGAUUUACUGUAUUUGAGUACUUAGAGCUAAAGUAUUGUGCCAAGGCAUAGUAAUUUCAAGGUUAUGACAAGUCCUAUGUUUUCCAGCCUAACAUGGAAUCGUUCAUUCUUGUUUGGUAGCCCUGAGGAUGAUUUCUUCUCCUUCUCCUCCUAAUCCUGCUCCUCCUCCUCCUCCUCCUCCUCUACAAAGCACUGUAUUUCACAAAGAUGAGAUCUUGCAAUACAGUAAUCAGGAGUCAACUGUAAUUAGUUAUAUUGACAGCUAACUACGCGACAAAGUCGGUAAAUCACUGGCCAAACAGGUUUUUACCACAGAGCACCAUAAAUCUGUAAAGUCUAUAUUCUAAAUUACUAGGCCUUUUGGGGAGUUCUUGCUAUAUAGUGGAGAGAAGAAGCAAAUAUUGUCUAGCCUCACAAUUUCUUUGCAGAUAGUUCUGUUUUGUUUAGUAACAAGAUAAUACAGAGUAAGGCUAUUCACACUACUGGGCAGGCAGCGGGGGAGGCUUUGCCAACUUACCUUCCCCCGCACCCCAGACAAUCAACAGAAUCCUACUGGGAGCGUGGCUUAUGCUCCCAGAUGAUCUGCGCUUCUCCAAGCAGUGCAGACCUCCAGAGGCCAGGCUGAUACAUCGUGGCCUCUGAAUAUCCCUCAGUGCAUGUGUGAUGUGUGUGGUUCAUUGGGGGAACCCCCCAGGAGUCGGACAUUCUAGGCUCCCGACUCUGUGUGUGCUCGGGCUACAUGUAGCCCAAGGACCCAUGCGAUCCUGGCACUGGGAUCAAGGGCACGCUUUCGCCCUUAACCCUGGCUAAAAGCCAGGGUUAACGUAGGGUUAGGUGGGCAGAUAGUGCUGGGAUGGGCCCCGAUCCUGGUCCUGCUCACGAGCAGCCUUCCCCAGCCUGGGUUAUGCUGCUUCUGUGAAUAGCCUUAUUAGUUGUCUGACUUAGACUAAUAAUGAAUUAUCCAAUUUGACUUUAAUAUUACAGCACAUGCUUAAGUCAUAUUGGGCCAGUACAGGCAUACAUACUCUGCCCACAUGAUUAGAAAGGGGACACACUGAAAGCAUGCCCAUCAUUCUCUCUUGCGUAGUUGUCCUAAUGCUCUCCUGGCAGAUCCCUUUAUCACACAGCGUGGGCGGGGUGCAGUUUAUCCAAAUGGUACAUGCAACCCAAAUAUUUGUUUACUCAAGUGUGGCAAGGGCAGGGGAUAUAUUAAGGACAUAAGAACAGCCCUGCUGGAUCAGGCCCAAGGCCCAUCUAGUCCAGCAUCCUUUUUCACACAGUUGCCCACUAUAUGCCGCUGGAAGCCUACAGGCAGGAGUUGAGGGCAUGCUCUCUCUCUCCUGCUGUUACUCCCCUGCAACUGGUACUCAGAGGCAUCCUGCCUUUGAGGCUGGAGGUGGUCUAUAGCCCUCCAGCUAGUAGCCAUUAAUAGACCUCUCCUCCAUGAAGUUAUCUGAACCCCUCUUAAAGUCAGCUAGGUUGUUGACUGUCACCACAUCUUGUGGCAGAGAGUUCCACAAGUUAUGUGUUGUGUGAAAAAGUACCUCCGUUUGCUGGUCCUAAAUUUCCCGGCAAUCAGUUUCAUGGGAUGACCCCUGGUUCUAGUAUUAUGUGUGAGAAGAAUUGUAUGGACCUCUAUCAUGUCUCCCCACGGUCGUCUUUUUUCUAAACUAAAAAGCCCCAGGUGUUGUAGCCUUGCCUCAUAAGAAAGGUGCUCUAGGCCCCUGAUCAUCUUGGUGGUCCUCUUCUGCACCUUUUCCUGUUCUACAAUGUCUUUUUUUAGAUGUGGUGACCAGAAUUGUACGCAGUAGUCCAGGUGUGGCCGCACCAUUGUUUUGUAUAAGGGCAUUAUAAUAUUAGGAGUUUGUUUGUUUGUUUAACAUAUUUUUAUACCGCCCCAAACUUACAUCUCUGGGCUCUUUACAACAAAAAACAACAACAUUAAAACAUUAGUUAAAAACGAGAAAUUUAAAAUAUGACAAUUUAAAUUUUUUAAAAACAAUAUUCUAAAACAACAUUAAAAACAAUCAAAACAGUAUCAGUUAAAAGCCUGGGUGAACAGGUGUGUCUUUAAAGACUUUUUAAAAAUUGUCAGAGAUGGGGAGGCUCUUAUUUCACUAGGGAGCGCAUUCCAAAGCCUCGGGGCAGCAACGGAGAAGGCCUGUCCCCGAGUAGCCACUAGACCAGCCCGUGGAAAAUGCAGACAGACCUCUCCUGGUGAUCUCAAUGGGCGGUGGGGUUCAUAUAGAAGAAGACGUUCUCUUAAAAACCAUGGGCCCAAGCUGUUUAGGGCUUUAUAGGUUAUAACUAACACCCUGUAUUUUGCCUGGAAACAUAUCGGCAGCCAGUGUAACUCCUUCAAUACAGGAGUAAUAUGGUCUCUCCUAGAUGACCCAGAGACCAGCCUGGCUGCCGCAUUCUGAACCAACUGUAGUUUCUGGACUACAUACAAGGGCAGCCCCACAUAGAGUGCAUUACAGUAAUCCAGUCUGGAGGUUACCAGCAGAUGUACCACUGUUUUGAGGUCAUCUCUCUCAAGAAACGGACACAGCUGGCGUAUGAACCGAAGCUGAUAGAAGGCAUCUCUGUUGAUUGCCUCAACUUGAGACACCAGGGAGAAACAUGGAUCCAGAAGUACCUCCAGACUGUGCACCUGUUCCUUCUGAGGAAGUGUGACCCCAUCCAGAACAGGCAGAUCAAAAUCAUCUCCCAAGUUUCGACCCCACACAAUGAGUACCUCCAUCUUAUCUGGAUUCAGUCUCAGUUUGCUAUCCUUCAUCCAGCCCAUUACCGACUCUAGGCAGGCAUUUAGGGAGGUUAUGCCCUCUCCUGAUGAUGCUGACAUGGAGAAAUAGAUUUGGGUGUCAUCAGCAUACUGGUAACACCCUGUACCAAAUCUCCUGAUGAUCUCUCCCAGCGGUUUCAUGUAGAUGUUAAACAAUAUCGGAGACAAUACAGACCCCUGAGGGACACCAUAGGAAAGUUCAUAUUUGGAAGAACAACAGUCUCCAAUGGAAACCAUCUGGAACCUGCCCGAGAGGUAGGAGCAGAACGAACGCAGAGCAGUGCCUCCCACACCCAACCCCCUCAGAUGCUCCAGAAGGAUACUAUGGUUGAUAGUAUUGAAAGCCGCCAAAAGGACUAACAGAGUCACACUUCCUCUGUCAAUUCCCAGUUGGAAAUCAUCCAUCAGGCCCACCAAGGUAGUCUCUACCCCAUAGCCAGCCCAGAAGCCAGUUUGAAAUGGGUCUAGAUAAUCAGUUUCCUCCAAGACUGUCUGGAGUUUUAUUUUCAACCCCCUUCCUAAUGAUCCCUAGCAUGGAAUUGGCCUUUUUCACAGCUGCCGCACAUUGAGUCAACACUUUCAACAAGCUGUCCACCACGACCCCAAGAUUCCUCUCCUGGUCAGUCACCGACGGCUCAUAUCCCAUCAACAUAUACUUGAAAUUGCAGUUUUUCAUCCCAAUGUGCAUCACUUUACACUUUUUUAAAAACACUUUACACGUAUUAUCUCUACCAGCCCUUUUAAUGAAGAUUUUCAUGUGCCUUCUCUGUUAUCUCCCUGUCUACAAUGUUGGGAUUUCAGUCAAAACCAGAGUUUCACAGUGUAUCCUAAGCCUCUAAUAUAUAGUAUAGCACAACACAACACAACAUACAGUGCAAUAGAAUAGAAUAUUGCUAGCCAGCAAAGACUUGCUCUUUCAACACUGCAGUCCUUCUCUCUUUCCUAUCCAAAGUUUUUUGCAGGUGCAGUCCUCGAAGCUGUGCACAUAUAUUUACAUGUAGAGAAGGAGUUAAGUAUACAUCUGGAUGCUUGGAAUUCUGUAACAAUUAUUAAGGGGCACCGGCAGGGUGCAAACAUGACUGCAAAAUAUAUAGCAAUACAAAGUCCAGAUGGGUAAUUCUGGGUAUAGCUGAGGUGAUGCUGGGGUAGGCUUCUAGCAGUAGGUGUCAGUAAGCAUGAGACCUUCACCUGAAGACUAAGUGGGGCUAGGAUCUUGCCCUUCUAGCUUCAUAAGAGCUGCUAAGAUCUUGUUGCACUGAACCGGGAGCAAAGGACAGGCAUACAUGCUCAUAAUAUGUGUAUGGUGGCACAUGAGAGAUUGGUUUAGAGAGCAAUUUAGACACCACACCAAAGCAACUCUAGCCAUCACUAGCUACUAAGGGCAUGAUAUGGAAAGAGGUUAAAAUCGGGCACAGAUAUAAUAAAGACACCAGUAAAGAUGGCAUAGGCCUGACAGAGAAGAAUGGCAACAAACAAUUUUAUUCAGACUUGGGAGGACAUGAGAUGUUGGCAAGAUGCACAAUAAAAAACAAAGAGGUUAUGAGAUAUGUCAGGCAAUAGUUCUCUCUGGCAUCUCAAGACUGGUGCAACUGUAGGGUCAUCUGAAUGUCCUUGCCAUUUAACUUGGGGAAAGUAGCUUGCAAGAAAUGAACUCAUUCAUAUUUGUCACCCAUUUGUGCUAUUUAGCAUGUAUGCUCCUAAAGUGCUGCCUAUUGUGUAAUUUAGAAAAGACUUAGAGAUUUUGUGAAUUGGGCUAUUACAGUAUUCAUAAAAUUUCACACCAUUUUCAGCAAUCCUCCCUUCCUUCUGUGUUCUAUGCCUCCUUAAAAUAUUUCCCCGAGGGUUGGGAAAUCCCCAGGGACAUAUUUUCUGGAGGCACUUCUGGCUGCAGGGGAAAGGGGGAUUACCAAAACCUGCACACACAUCCUCACUGAAAGAAAACACUGCUGCACUGGUGCAGCAUUAUAUUUGGGUGUCAGCCAAUAGUUAUACAAAUUCAAUGUGACAUUCUUUACUCUUAGUAAAAGUUGACAGUUGACAAGUCCAGACACACUACAGUCUAUAGAUGAUUUUAGGUUCUAGCAGACAUCCUGAUUAAUGAAGUGGGGGUGCUUCAAGGGACUAUGGGGACAUGCCAGGAGCUCUCACACAGUUUCCCCCGUCCUACGGCAUGUGCACUGUUGUGCCAGCGCCCUUAGAGUUUGGAGUGCUCCCUGCACUCUGGAAACCCCGCAAGAUGGAAAACAUAUUGCUGACAGUCAGUGAUGUGUUUUUGAUCUUGCAGAGUCCUUCCGGAGCACAGGGAGCAUGUGAGCUCUACGGGCUCUGGUGCAACAGUGCACAUGCAGGAGGAUUGGGGGAGUUGUGUGAGGGCUCCCAGCGUGUCACUGCAGUCCCGGAAGCGUGUCCACUUCUUUAGUCAAGACGUCAGUCACUGUUCAAGCAUUAGCACAAUGAGAAAAUUCUACUAUGGAGAUUGUAUAUUCUGAUCUGUUUCUAGGAUUAUGAAAUCCCCCCACCCCCAACACACACACACACACCAACAAAAAGUCCUUACUGCUCAGUAAUUAUGUCAAAGUGAAGAUUAUGGAUUUUGGACAUAAGCCUCCCCAUAACUGGAUGCUAAAUGGUCGGUCUGUUGAGCGAACUGACUCAUUCAAAUAUCUUUGCAUUUUUCUGUCAGUUGAGAGUGUCACCAGCUUUAGGGCAAUCAUUUGCUUUUUCAGAAAUAAAGGAGGAAAUUUGAACUAUGCUGCUCCAAGAAGUUUUGAAACAUAUGUAUCUACGCAACUGUCAUAUGGUGCUCAGGUUUGGGGCAGUUAUAAUUAUUCACUGGGAACUGAAACAGUUCAAAACAUAUUCCUUAGAUCACUUUUUUCCAACUGUCAGUCCUGCAGUUCUAGUGUUAUUGGAAACUGAUAUGUGUUCUGUCAAGUAGAAUAAGGUUUGUUAUGUUAAAUUAUUGACUGAAAUUGUGAUUUAUGGACAAUUCUGAACUCCCCAAAUUACAUUUAAAGGAAUUUGCUUCUCGUGACCUCUUUAUAAUAAUUCUUGGUUGGCUUAGAUUCACAGACUAUUGAAGAGAUUCAGUUCUUGAAACAAGACCAUUUGGGGCAAAAGCCCCCUAACUAGAUGUAUAUGUGCUUCAAGGGGAUCUAGCAUCAGGUCAGGCUGCUAGGGCUUUCCUUUAGUGGGUAUUUUUGUGUGUGUGUGUUUUCCCCUUUGAGGCAGGCCCUGAAGCAAGUAAAUUAUCUGUUGGAAAUUAAUUCCCUUAUCUUAGACCAAGCAUUUAAUUCUACUUCUAGUUGAUGGAGUCUGUGGUGAACUAGGAACACUUUAAUAAUGUUCUGCAUUCUUCUUCUUGGUCUCUGACUGUCCAGUCACACCUACAUACUAAGAUAUGUACUGACCUGUGUUUCACAUUUUGAACUUACUUUUGCCUCCGCUCAGUUUUGGUGGGAACCCUGCUCUGACACGAUAGCAUAUAGCUAGCUCCACCCACUCCCCUCGGCUCUUCUUGGACCACCACAGCAACUGCCUUGUGAAGAACCUUUCUCUUCAGAUAAAACUCUAGAAAGGAGCUUUUAGGCCCCUGUGAUAAGAUGUUGGAUUGGUUAUGUCAUCAAAGCCUGAUUUUUAAGACUGAUUUUUAAAAUUGAAUGGUGAUAGGUUAUUCUUGAAGUUUCAGUUCCCUGUGAAAAUGCCAAGAUUAAUCAGGAUAUUGCAAAUAUCUUGGCCUUUGAUAUGCUUUUUCUGCCAAUGGCUUGAAAAAAGCAUUUUAAAACUGCUCUCUUGUAUCUGGCAAUUAUAGAAUUUUUAAAUGUGGUUUGAAUUUUGUGAUUUUAUUUUAUUUCUAUUUUUUUGUAAACUGCUUUGAGACUUGCAUGAAAAGUGGGAUAGAAAAUUUUAAAAUAAAUAAAUAUUUUGCUGAAUUGCAAGAGUGAUUAAAUAAUAUGGGUGGUAUGGGUCACACUAUUUGUAUUAGUAUUUUUCUGAUAUGUAUCUUUGAUUAUGUUUGCUUUCAUUUGUCUUAAUGUAUGAUAUUGUGACAGAUCUGGCCAUACAAUAAAACUUGACUUGAUUUGA